AACUUAUUAAAUAGAAAAUGGCUGCCUUUGCUAAAAAUUGGGGUACCAGAAUAGCUUCGCUGACUGUUAAGACAGGAAAAUGGGGACAAUAUUACGGGCAAAAGCUGGCGAUUGUUGCUCCAGAGAGAGCGAAUACCUUCUGGUCUUAUGCCAAAAUUGAGUUGGCGCCUCCCUCGAUUGCAGAUUUCGCUGUUGCAAGGAAACAGAUUAAUGAAGGAGUCAACAGUUUUCUCUCUGGACAGGCGUUUCAAACCUCAACUAAAAGGGCUGUGCAGAACUUGUUGAUUGCUGGCGAGAUUGCGGUUAUCUUUUUCACAGCAGAAGUGGUUGGCAGAAGAAGUUUGAUUGGCUACAACCCCAUGGGAGACAAACUGAGAGACAUCAAGCCCCCUCCAGGCAUGAGUGUGCCUCUUCCAGAAGUAGUACAGUACUUGGAAUUGAGCACUAUGUACGAUCACGGACUGUACCAUUUUGGACCAGGAAAGAAUUACUAAACUGCACCACAAAUUGUAUUACUAGAAGACAAUACUUGAAAGUGAACAUGAAGAAGACUGUUGUUGAUCUGUAUGAUGGAAUAAUGGCCACUAAUUGACUGCAUAGAUAAAUUUAAACUAAUGAAAGA